UUACUCUCAGUCCAAAUCAUGCAGUGAGAGAAGCAGGAGUUCAGGCAGGAGAGGAAACUUUACUUCCUGAGUGUUUUCAGUGUGCAACUUUAUAUUUUUUUCUUCAAAAGGACUCUUUCUCUUUCUCAGUCUUUGGAUUGUUCACCAGGAGGAGAAAGAAAUCCCCUGAUUGCACAGUCGAGAAGGUUUGGAUUGUAUUUUUGUGCGCAGUUUCCGGAUUUUUACUGGGAUUUUUUUCCCCCUUUGAUUUUAUUCUUUAUUUUUUUUUUCAUCGGCAAUCAGUUGUUUUUUCUUCUCCUUCUUCUUCUUCUUCAUCACAGCAUGCAAUAGAGCUUUAAGGCUGAAGUGUGUGUGUUCGUCCGCUGAAGGAGUCGAGCGCCACAGCUCGAGUUCAACACGCCCACUUCCUGAUGAUGACAGUGAACAUGGAUGACGGUCUUCACAAUGGCCCCGGACAACACAGAAACAUGCAAGAUGAUGAGGAGGCUCUCAACUCUAUCAUGAAGGACCUGGCAGCCCUGCGCUGCUGUUACCAGCUCAACAGCAGCGCCAGCCACAAACCCAAAAGCAGGACCUUGAGCUACAGACAGGAUUUGCGCGUCAAGCUGGAGCACGAGCGAGAGAAACGGAUCAUUCCUUUUCAGAGACCUCUGAAGUUCAGGGAGCUUCUGCAGAAAGUCACAGAGGCCUUUGGUCAGCACUUGGACCUUUACUGCACUGACAGAGAGACACUCGUAGCUGUAAAGUGUCAGGAGGAUUUGGACCGAGCCGUGUCGAGUUUGAGCUCCAGUUCAGGAACAAAGGGUGUGCUGAGAGUCGUGCUGAAAACUCCCACUAAUAACCAUUUUCUGCAGGUGAACAGCAGAGAUAAGCACAGUGAGAUGAGGUCGUCUCGGUCUUUGGGAGACCUGAAGGGUUCUUUGCUCAAAGGAUCCGAACGAGUUCGCAAACAUUCCACAGGCUCUCUACACACGGGGAGGAGUUCCCCGCCGCCGGGCAGCGUUCCCGAGGAGCAGCAGCAGAUUGCACGCCAGGGCUCCUACACCAGCAUCCACAGCGAGGGAGAGUUCAUCCCCGAGACGCCAGAUCCCAACGUCAUGGACCCUUUUGGAAGUGCCGAUGGUUCCUUAUCUAGCAGCUGCCAGUCCCUGGACCAAGCUCUGGACAGUCCUCCGUUCUCCCAGAACAACCGCGACAACAAUUACCUGAACCUCAACUACGAUUAUAAAGGCCGACACGGGAAGCAUGGGACUUUCCCCCGGCAGUUCCACUUAACCAAUCGGAGCAAGGACUACAGUGAUGGUCGGAGCACAUUCCCACGCAGCUUCAUGCCCCAGGAGAACCUGUUCCAGCUGGUGCCCUCGAGUCGCACGCGCAGCUACAACGGAGACAGCACGCUGCCGUACGGCGGAGACCUGCGCUCGCUCGGCUGGGGAGAAAAAAAACCCCAGCGCACUGCUGCAAAAUCCCCGCGGGCGCCGGUGAACUGGCGUCAAGGAAAGCUGCUGGGUCGUGGAGCCUUCGGCGAGGUUUACCUCUGCUACGACGCCGACACGGGCCGAGAGCUUGCCGUGAAACAGGUGCCCUUCGACCCCGAUUGCCAAGAGACCAGCAAGGAAGUGAACGCACUAGAAUGCGAGAUCCAGCUCCUGAAGAACCUCCGCCACGAACGCAUCGUACAGUACUACGGCUGCCUCCGCGACCCCGACCGGAGGAAGCUCUCCAUUUUCGUCGAGUUCAUGCCAGGGGGCUCGAUCAAAGACCAGCUAAAGGCGUACGGUGCUCUGACAGAGAAGGUGACGCGCAGAUACACCAGGCAGAUCCUGCAGGGGGUCUUCUACCUGCACAGCAACAUGAUCGUCCACCGAGAUAUCAAAGGCGCUAACAUUCUGAGGGACUCCUCCGGAAAUGUGAAGCUGGGAGACUUUGGCGCCAGCAAACGCAUUCAGACCAUCUGCAUGUCAGGCACCGGCAUUAAAUCGGUCACCGGCACCCCCUACUGGAUGAGUCCGGAGGUGAUCAACGGAGAGGGUUACGGGCGCAAAGCUGACGUUUGGAGUGUGGCCUGCACGGUGGUGGAGAUGCUCACCCAGAAGCCGCCGUGGGCCGAAUACGAAGCGAUGGCGGCCAUCUUUAAAAUCGCCACUCAGCCCACUAAGCCCAACCUGCCCGAGGGCGUAUCGGACGCGUGCCGGGAUUUCCUACGACAGGUCUUUGUGGAGGAGAAAUGGCGCCCCACAGCCGAGGUGCUGCUCAGCCACCCGUUCGUCCAGGGCAGCUUCUGAUUUGCUUCCGAGCCUGAGAUGCCCAGAGACACCCCCUGUGCCGGUCCACUCCUGAUCUGCCCUGUAACAAUCGCAAUCCUGCCUUGGACUGGGGGGGGGGGACUGGCACCCGCUCCAGCCCUAUCCGAAAAAACCUGAUUCAUUAGCAAGGGCUGUGUAUCUCACACACACACACACACACACACACACACACACACCCCGGCAUGGCACUAAGAGACUGUUGUUUACAAGGACAUUUACACACAUUAACAGUGACAUUAAUGUUAUUGGCAUCGCACCAAUAACACACACGGGGAAGGUUCUGAGAUUGGAUUCGUUUUUUUAUUUGAUGUUUUUUAAACCAAACUCGUCCGGUUUCAUCCGCCAUGGAAGAACGGGACCGGACCGGACCCUCUUAGUCAUUAGUUAGUGAUAAUGGCUGAUGAGUUCAAAUCUCAGAGACCGAUCGAGAGCCACGUCUGGGCCGUCUCCCGUCCUGCAGCUUCCUCAGCAAUAUACAUCAGGAUUGGAUCGAUAUCCGAUCAGGAGUAUUUUUUUUUCCUCCAUCUGGAUCGUGUUACACGGAGAUUUAAUAUAUUACUAUAUUACUAUAUGUUAACUCUAUGGCCGAAAGUUUGUGGACAUUUGCGCUUAAGAUUCGUAUGCUCAUAUUUAAACAUUCCACAUUUAGUCUCCAAUUGCUCUUCUAAUAAGCUCCACUCGUCUAAGAUGUUCCGCUAGAUUUUGUGAAGAUUUCUGUGUGAGAUUCGUUCCCAAGGGCGUUUGGUAAAAAAUUAGCACUGAUGCAGGUGAGGUGAGGAGGCCUGGGGUGCAGUAAACAUGCACAACAGGUUUAGGGUCUCCUAGUUCCAUAGGAGGGGUAAAUGUCAUGUUGCCGCACCUAAAGACGUCAUGUACAAGUUUUUGGAAACCGUUUGGGAAAGAAGCACAUAUGGCUGGGAAAGUCGGAUGUCCCAAUACUUUUGGCCAUUGUGUUUACAAUGUUUAAUUAUAGUUUGUCCGAAUUGACCGGUCCGUCAAUGCGACCCGUAGCUCCGCCCCCUUCGACUAGCACUUACCACGUACAGAGCAAUCCGAAUGUAUGGGAAAAAGUGUAUGUAGCAAUCAUGUGUGCAUCUCCGAUCUAUCCGCUGUGAAUCGGUCGUAACCCAUACCUUCACGGGAAAACAAAUUCCGUCCGAAUAGUACUUCGGAUCCAUUUUCGUGUGCUGAGAAAGAAAAAAAACAGUUUAAUCUCCCAUUAAAAGAAGAAAAUGCACAGUAAAUUUCCACACAGAUAUCUUUCAAAAAAUAUGAACUAAUCAGGCAGCAUCAUAACUAGUGGUGCAACAGAUCACAAAACUCACAGUUCGGAUCAGAUUACGGUUCUGGAGUCGUGGAUCGGAUCGUUUUUGGGGAUCGGCAACAACAACAAAAAAAGGGGAGGAGACAAAUCUAAUCUGUUUUGCAUUUAUUUUAAGAAAAAUCACAGCAAGGAACUGCUCCAAUGCACGCGAUUUGAAUGAUACGGACGGCUUUUCAAGCUGUUCUGCUCCUCCUCCCAUUCACGUGAAUUCACGUGAACCACAUGACUGCUCUGCUGCGAAAUGACUUAAUAAGCAGAGAGAAAAACGUCUUUCCUUCUGCGAUCGUCGAAAAACAUAGAUUAAUCGCCAAGUUACAAAAAAACAAGCAAUUAAUCCGCCGCUCCAAACGCCAAACUGCGAUCUGUUGCACCUCCGAUCAUAAUUAAUGGCAAAUUAAUAAUAAAGGGGUUUUAAAAAUUUACAAAAAAAAACAUUUAUGUAUAAUUAUAUUAGCGUCAGAAAAAAUACAAGAGAAAUCUAAUGUAAAUUGGACAUUUAAUCUUAAGAUAAAUAAAAGCCCUCGUCGGAAAGUAUUUUAGCUCGUUUUUAAAUAUUGACCCCUAAAAAAAAUAAGUAAAUCGGAAUUGCAAUGCAAUUGAAUGAAGCAAUUCUAAAGAGACGUAAUUGUGCAGAAGCGUACAUUAUUCUCCAUAUUCUAGUAAGAAUACGAAUUAAAUACAUUUACAAUUUGUGAUAAAAAAUUUUUUUUAGCAAUUAUAAGUGAGAUUUGAGUGAACAGUUCUGUUGGUUUUUUUUUUAAGUGAAACACACACACACACACACACCCAUAAUAGAGCAGUAAAUAUGUAGAGAUUCCUUCGAAAAAAUAUCAGAGGACUCGUUUGAAUAUAUGGUGCAACAUGAGAGGGCUCUCAGCCAUGAAAAACCCAAAUCCAAAUGACCCCCUUUUCCUUUUUUCACCCAAUUGCCCCUAAUUCUGGGGUCAGAAAUUCAUCUGGACUGACCUCUUUCGGAUUCCACACCGGCAUCGCAUCCGGGAGCGACUCGAUCCGGUAAGCUACACUUUGAGUCAUUUUCUUCUCAAGCUCACUGUGUGAUGGUUAGAAUCUAACCAAAGUCAAAAAAAAGAAGAAGGAAAGAAAGAAAGAAAGAAAGAAAGAAAUGCUGCCACAGCGCCGCACUUGUACAAACCACCGAAGUGGUAAAUCCAUAGGAAAUCCUCUUCCCUGAGAGUCCACACUGCGCUUUCAGCAAUCGGAAUUCUUUCAUUGUAUGACGUUUUUCGCGUCUUUAUUACGCGUCUCUUCACAAUUUUGACGGAUAAUCAGAGAUCUGAAAGAAACUUAUUUUUCUAAAUAUAGUACGUGUCAGAGUUUUUUUUUCUCUUCAAUAUCCUGCUGUUUGUAUUGUUUUAAAAAAGAAAAUCUGGCUUCGAAGCAAUAGUACAGAAGAACGCUGCCUGUAUGAUCGACAUUCUCCACAGGUUCAGCUGGUUAUUUAGACCCGAGUGUAUUCUUGAUCACCCGAAACAACCAAAGAGCACAUUCUACUUACAGUAUGCAGCUAUACAGUAUGUGGAGGUUACGUGUUUAUACUUUUUCUUUUUUUUUUCGUCAUACUUUUUACUGUAAUAGUUCAUAUGCAGUGCUAUAGGAUGCAACCUGUGGUUCCAAAUAAGACCAAAUGAUGCUGUUAUCGUUCUAUUGAUUGUUAUUACCAAGUCUAUUACCUGGUUUAAAAAAAAGAAGAUAAAAAAGACUUGAUUUCACGAUCGAUUGUGAAGUGCUUGGACCCCUAAAUCACUGCCUUCACCUCGAUCUUUACGCUCGGGUUUUUAUGUUUUAAACUCGUCCAAAUGAGAUUCGCAUAAAACGUUCACACAACUCCUUUCACAGAAUUUGAGAAAAAAAUACUUCGCUUGAAAUGAAAUCCUCGAAUGAAGAUUCCGCCUUCAGUGUUUUGUGAUGAACAGAUUUAUAUUUUCUAUACAGAAACACGAACUUCCUUGAGUUUAUCGAUCACCACGACUCGUGCCUUCUCCAUAGGACCUUUUUUUUAAUGGAAAUGACCACAAUUAUUGUUGAAUACUUGUUAAAAAUCGUGUGUGAUGCUGUAUUUUUGACAUACAGACUUGUUAAGGUGAUAAAGAUUGUAUUGUAAGUGCAGCGCUUACAGGAAGCUACACACCUUUUUAGAAUCAUAAAUGCCUCAGAUUGAUGUUCAGGAAAUUUAGCGUAAAUGUUCUUUAAGGUUAAAUCUGUCGUGGGAAUUCGUUCGCAAAAUGAUAGCAGCAGUUUGUACAGUACGUUUUUAGAGGCGUUGCCUGUGAGGUAAAUUACAACUGAAAUGAAAACAUAAAACAAUCUCUAACUAUCCAGUGCCCCUGUGCUGAACUAUACAGAAAUAACGGGUUUUCUUUUUGUAGAUGAACUUCCUAGUAAGUCAGAUUUGACAUACAGAUAGGACAAAUGCAAACUUGUAAUAAAUAUUUUUCAAAUCCAUUGAAUAGAAAUAUGAAUUCUAAACAUUAUAUAUUUUUAUGAGGUAUACUUUCACCUCGUAUUGUUUGUGAGGUAAAAUUGUAAUUAAAAACAUUAGCAUGACUUCACCUCCUCCCCAAACCAACCCUCAAACCCUGUGCUGAAAUUCUGUAUUCCUACUGAAUUCUCUUUCUCUAUAGCAACUUCCUGAGUAAUAGAGGCAGAUCUGAUUUUUAGAGGUUUGAGGGCGGUGCUAAGGCCAGAAAAACUUUAACAAAAUUCUUCUAAUCCAUUAGAUAGAAAUCAGAAUUUUGAGGUCAGUUCCAGUUGCAAUGAAAGCAUUAGCAAGACGUCUUAUCCCUGAAUCAAACCCCAACCCGAUGUGCUGAAACUCUAUAUACAUAGUUUUCUUUUUAGUAGGUAGUUUUUAAAUAAUAAUGGCAAAUUUGAUACGAUUGAAAUUUUGGGGGUUGGAGGCGGGGCUAAGGCCAGAAAAUUUAAACUUUAAAUCAAAACUAUCCAAAUCCAUUACAUAGAUAAAAGAAAAUAAAACACAGCAUCGGCAAAAUUUGGUUUCCUCCCCAAACCAACCAGGAACUUAUAUGAACUUCUUAUGUAACAGUGGCAUGAUCUGAUUUCUUUUUACUGUAUUAGAUUUUUCUUGGGGGCAGAGCUAAACCCAGACAAGCAGCCAAAUCCAUUGCAUAGAAAUAAUUUUCUAAAAUAUAUCUUGCUGAUGUAGAAGCACAUUUAUUUAAAAAGAAACCCCAGAUACUCCGAUGCCAUACAGCAUCACUAGCGCACACGUCUGUGCCUUACACACGCCGAGACAAAAUAACCGUACAAGUUGAGGUUUGCUUUAGAAAACAGUGUUAAAGAUCUGUCACGUACACCACCAGAAAAUCCGAUCCGAACUUGAUUUAAAGGGUGUAGGUUUUCUGUAAGCACUGUACAGAUUGUACUGCACUUUUUUUUGUUUUUUUAACAAGAUGUUUUUAUUAUAUUCCAAAUACUUUAUUCACGAUAUUACUGAAAACUUGUAGAGCUGGAUUGUUGUUUUUUUGCUGAGUACAUGAUGAAAUGACCUCCGAGGUUUUUGAAAGAGGCGAUAGAAGAGUAAACUAUUGCCUUUAUGAUAAAACCCAGAACACAUUUAUUCUAAAAGUGAUUUUGUACAUUGAAAUAAAAUAAAGGAAAAGUUUUGAAGUA